AUGUCGGACCCCCCAGACGCGGCUGAGCUUCAGCGUAUACCCGAACCUAUUGCAAUUUGCGGCAUCGGUCUUCGUCUCCCCGGCGGGAUUCAGGACGGAGAGGAUUUCUGGGAUCUUCUAAUCAACGGCAAGGAUGCCCGAAGCGAGAUACCUGACAGUCGAUUUGCCAUCGAUGGUUUCGAUGUUUCGCUGUCUGGUCAAGGAGCCAUCCCUACCAGACACGGCUAUUUUCUUGACGACGACCUUGCUCGCCUCGACACGUCCUUCUUUUCCAUGUCCAAGAGUGAGAUUGAGCGUUGCGACCCACAGCAGCGGCUGCUUCUCGAAGUCGUCCGAGAGGCGUUCGAGGAUGCUGGCGAGGUCAACUACCGCGGCCAGGCCAUCGGAUGCUACGUCGGCACCUUUGGCCAAGACUGGUAUGAGAUGACGACAAAGGAUGUGCAGAGCAUGGGCAACUAUUCGAUGAUGGGGUCCGGAGACCUUGUUCUGGCUAACCGCGUCUCGUACGAAUUUGACUUGCGUGGUCCAAGCUUGGUCGUCAAGACCGGCUGCUCUGCCUCACUUGUGGCGCUCCACGACGCCUGCCGGGCAAUACAAUCCAGAGAUACCUCGGCCGCUGUUGUUUGUGGCACCAGUCUUAUCAUGACUCCGACUACUACGGCCGUAUUCUUUAACGAGGGUGUCCUCUCUCCUGAUGCCUCUUGCAAGACCUUUGAUGCUACUGCGAACGGCUUUGCCCGGGCCGAGGGCAUCACGGCCGUCUACAUCAAGCGCCUUGGCGAUGCUCUGCGUGACGGAAACCCGAUCCGAGCCGUGAUUCGUAACACCGGUUCCAACAACGAUGGUCGAAGCCAGGGUCUUACGAGCCCCAAUGGCGACGCUCACGAAGCUCUCAUGCGGCAGGUCUACCAGCAAGCCCACCUAGACCCGUCCGAAACCGCAUUCGUUGAGUGCCAUGGAACCGGGACCCCGGUAGGUGACCCGACAGAGACACGAGCAGUUGGUAAUGUGUUUGGCAACAACGGCGUGUACAUUGGCUCGGUAAAACCCAACGUCGGCCACUCGGAAGGCUCCUCCGGCCUCACAAGCCUCAUCAAAGCCGUCCUUGCGCUGGAGCACCGCACCAUCCUCCCGAACAUAAAAUUCCAGAAGCCUAACCCACAAAUUCCUUUUGUGGAGAAGAAGCUGGUAGUACCCCUGGCGCCGACCGCCUUUCCCAAGGGUCGUGCCGAGAGAAUCAGCGUCAAUUCGUUUGGCAUCGGAGGCUCAAAUGCACAUGCCAUUGUUGAUUCGUCACCCCAAUAUUUAAACACGCUUGGUCUGGCUAUCAGGGCGGUCAAUGGGGUGAACGGCCACAGCGUGAAUGCGGUGUCUCGGCCUAAUUUGCUCCUUUUCUCCGCCAACUCAUCAUUAUCGCUGCGCAGACAAAUCGAUUCCUUUGGAGAAUACACGGCUGAACAUUCCGACCGUUGCAGCGAUGCCGCUUACACGCUUGCCCUCCAUCGGGAACACCUCCCACUUAAAGCCUUUGCCAUCGUUCAGGACGGGAAGGUUUGCGAGACCUCUGCGCAAACCAAGGCAGUAGGAUCUGCCCCUGGGAUUACCAUGAUCUUCAGCGGACAGGGGGCGCAAUGGCCUCGGAUGGGUAGGGAGCUCAUACAAAUGAGCCCCUCGUUUCGACAGGAUAUCAUGCGUAUGGACGAGACUCUUCAGGGGCUACGAAUCCCUCCCGAAUGGUCAAUCCUCGACGAACUCCUGAAGCCUGAAGGGGCAAGCCAAAUUCACCGCGCAGAGCUAGCACAGCCCCUGUCUACCGCGCUGCAGAUCGCCCUGGUGCGCCAGCUUGAGCGUCUCGACAUCAUUCCGUCUGCUGUCGCGGGCCACUCAAGCGGUGAGAUCGCAGCUGCGUAUGCCUCUGGGUACAUAUCACUAGAAUACGCCAUCACGCUUGCCUAUUACCGGGGCUAUGUCAGCUCCCACGGGAACUCGGCGCUUCCAGGGGGGGCUAUGGCAGCCGUGGGCCUGGGAGCUGCGGAUGUCUCGCGUUUUCUGCAACCUGGCGUUUGUGUGGCCUGCGAGAACAGUCCGUCGAGCACGACCAUUUCUGGAGAUAGCAAAGCGGUCCAACAGACUUUGGCAUCCAUUCUCACGGAGUAUCCCGAAGUCCUGGCUCGAGCAUUGAAAGUCGACGUGGCUUACCAUUCACACCACAUGGCUGCCCUUGCAGCCGAGUAUCUCGACCUCCUCCAUGGCGAGGACCACCUGUCUUCGGAUAUCGACCAGGAUGUGCCGGGCGCCAUAUUCUUCUCCAGUGUUACAACGAAACCGAUUAGAAACGGGACACCCCUUGCUUCUCCUUACUACUGGGUCAUCAACUUAGUCUCCCCUGUCCGGUUUAGCGACGCCGUGUCAAACCUUCUUGCCCACAACAGGGAUACUAACCCCUCAAGUAUCUUUCUCGAGAUUGGGCCACAUUCAGCACUGGCCGGACCGCUCCGCCAAAUUUGCGAAGCUGCCUCUCAACCAUGCAAAUACAUCCCAUCCCAAAUUCGGGGCAAGGACAGCGCAGUUAGUUUCCUAUCCGCCUUAGGAAGCCUCUACCAAGAGUCUGUCUCCAUCAACUGGGAGCCCCUUUUCCCGCCCGGCAGCAAGGCUCUUGCUGGGCUACCGACUUACUCCUGGGACCACAGCGCCGGCCCCUUCUGGUACGAAAAUCGUCUGUCAAAAGCCUGGAGAACCCGCCGCUUUCCACAGCAUUGCCUUCUCGGUACCCGCGUGGUCGAGACGCCCGACACGGCGCCGCAAUGGCGCAACGUGCUAAACUUGGAGCAUGUCCCUUGGCUCAAUGACCACAAAGUGCGGCAGGAUGUUGUUUUCCCCUUUGCUGGCUAUGUGGCCAUAGCGGGUGAGUCGGUUCGCCAGAUGGCGGGCAGUGAGCUGGGGUAUCGUCUGCGUCACGUCGUUGCCCGUACGGCUCUCGUGCUGACGGACACGGAGCCGGUGGAAAUGGUAACGGCACUACGCCAACAGAGACUCACGGAUACGGAUGAGUCGACGUGGUUUGACUUUGUCAUAGCCUCGUACACUGGAUCCACUUGGGUGAAGCAUUGCGAGGGGCAAGCAACAGCCCUGCUCCAGCCAUCCUUACCGCACCUCACGGCUCGUGACGACCCCCUGCCUCGACUGGUAAACAACACCCGCUUCUACGACGCGCUGUCGCGCGCAGGCCUCCCGUUUGGGCCCGAGUUUCAGCGCCUGGCCGAUAUCUCAACUUCUGCAACGGAGGGCAUUGCCCAGGCGAAGGUGCUCGAGCCUAGCACGGAAACGAGACAGCCGUUUCCCGGUCCCUUACAUCCGGCAUCCAUCGACGCAUGCAUUCAACUGCUGCUUCUGGCCAACGUGCGGGGCCUAUGCCGGAAUUUACGCCAGCUAGUAGUCCCUACCCUCAUCGAGAGCAUCGAGAUCGCCCACGGCUCGACCAGUAUGCAAACCAAGGCAGUCAUCCCCACUCAGGAGCUUGCCUCCGCCAGCGUGGAGUGCGUGACGGACGACAACCGGGUCGCCCUCCGCAUUUCCGGACUCCAAGUAACACCGCUAGACAACGACUCGGAGAACCCAGCCCGCGACAACGACCCCGUCGACAUCCACGCGGCCGCCCGCCUGCACUGGCUCCCCGACUUCGACUUCGCGCCCCUCCCCACCCUCAUCCAACCUCCCCCCUCCAACCAGACCGAACGCUCCCUCAACGAAACCCUCACCCUCCUCUGCAUCCUCGAAUCCGCUUCCCAACUCACCCCCCUCACCCCCACCCACCCGCACCACACCAAAUACCUCGCCUGGCUCACCCAGCAACUCACCCAAGCCCAAACCAACACCCACCCGCUCAUCCCCGACGCCGCCCACUACACCACCCUCUCCCCCUCGGAACGCCGCGCCCUCCUCGAAAGCACCUACGCCCAAAUCCUCUCCCUCCCCGACGGCGGCGGCGGCGGCAACCACGCGGGCGCGCGCGGCCUGAAGCGCAUCAGCGACCACGCGGCGGCGCUGUUCACGGGCGAGCGCGACACGCUGGACCUGCUGAUGCAGGAUGAUUUGCUGGCGGAGAUCUAUAACGCGGAUGCCUUUGACUAUGGCGGGUUCGUGCGGCUGCUGGCGCAUGCGCGGCCGGAUCUGAGGGUGUUGGAGGUCGGGGCCGGGACGGGCGGGACGACCGAGUUGUUGUUGAGGGGGUUGGUUGGCGAUGAAAUGGGGAAGGGGGGUGGUGGUGGUGUCCCGGGGUAUGCUGAGUAUAUGUUUACGGAUGUGUCGGCGGGGUUUUUCCCGCAGGCGAGGAAGCGGUUUGAGGGGGCGCCGAAUAUGGAGUUUCGGGCGUUGGAUAUUUCGAGGGAUGCGGUCGAGCAGGGGUUUGUGGCUGGGUCGUAUGAUCUGGUGGUGGCGCCCAAUGUGGUGCAUGCUACGCCGUGCUUGAGGGAGACGCUGGCGAACUUGCGGCCGCUGCUGAAGGAUGAUGGGAUGUUGUUGUUGUUGGAGCUGUCGACGGUGAUGAGGAUGCCGACGUUUAUCUUUGGGAACUUUAGCGGAUGGUGGCUUGGGGAGGAGGAUGGGCGGGUCUGGGAGCCGUAUGUCCUGCCAGAGCGGUGGGAUACGGAGCUCAAGGCCGCCGGAUUCACGGGGGUGGAUUCUGUCGUGGCGGACGGAGAGAUGCCGUGGCAGAUGUCCGUUGUCAUGGUGUCGAGGCCGAAGAUUGAGGAGACGACGGCACUCAACAAAAAGAUGACGGUUCUUUGUCGGGAUCCUGUCGACGGCCCUGGAGCAUCUCUCAUCGCCGGGCUCAGGGGUGAAGGUUGGGAUGUCACACCAUGUCGCUUGGGAGACCUCCCUCCCACAGGACAAGACAUCAUUUCUUGUAUCGACCUCGAGACACGGUUCUUCGACCAAGGGUUUCUUACCGAGACGGACUUUACCGCCUUCCAAGCCCUACUCCGCCAUCUCAAGGAUAAAGACAGCCGCAUCUUGUGGCUCACUCCUCCCUUCCAAGUCAAGUGCCGCGACCCGCACGGUGCCCAGGCUCUCGGCGUUAUGCGCACCAUCCGCGCUGAGCUAGGCCUCCUUCUGUGCACCCUCGAGCUCGAUUACGAGCGUGAAGGGAAUGGCGCUGCCCACCUCAUCUCCGAGGUUUUCAUCAAGAAGGUCCAAUGCUCACAAGACGGCGAUAUCCUCAACGCCGACCGCGAGUUCGCCAUCGACAACGGCACCGUCCUCCUCAGCCGAUACCACCCCUUCAGCCUCACCGACGAGCAAUCUCUCCCUCCUGCCACCACCACAACCACCACUUCCACCGAAACCACCAAAACCCUCCGCAUCCCCCACCCCGGCCACCUCCCCUCCCUAACCUGGACCACCACCCCCCUCCAAAUCCCCCUCCCCUCAGACCACGUCCUCAUCCAAAUCCACUCCGCGGCCCUCAACUUCCGCGACAUCCUCAUCGCCACCGGCGCCAUCCCAAACAACACAGACCCCACCACCCCAGCCCAACUCGGCUACGAAGCCUCCGGCACCAUCACCCACACCGCCUCCACCCGCUUCCGCCCCGGCGACCGCGUCAUCCUCCUCUCGCCGCGCAGCACGCUCACCACCACCCUGUGCGUCCCCGCGGCGCUGGUCGUGCGCAUCCCCGACAACAUGCCGCUGGCGGCGGCGGCUGCCGCGCCGGUGUGUUUCGGCACGGCGAUGCAUGCUUUGCUGGGGGUGGGGCGGUUGAGGCCGGGGAUGUCGGUGCUGGUGCACUCGGCUUGUGGGGGCGUGGGGUUGGCGGCGUUGGAGGUUUGUCGGGCGGUGGGCGGGGAGAAGGUUGCGGUGUUGGUUGGCGGGGAGUGGGGGGUGAGGAGGGAGAGGGUGUUUGGGUCGCGGGAUGGCGGGUUUCGGGAGGGGGUGUUGAGGGAGACGGGGGGGAAGGGGGUGGAUUUGGUGCUGAAUUCGCUUUCUGGGGAGUUGUUGCACGCGAGUUGGGGGUGUGUGGCCAAGUAUGGCAUGUUGGUGGAGUUGGGGAAGCGGGAUUUGGUUGGGGCGGGGAGGCUGGAUAUGGCGCCGUUUUUGGCGAACAGGACGUAUGCUGGGGUUGAUCUGUUUCAGUACUUGACGGAGAGGCCGGAGAAGGUCACCGAGCUACUUACUCAGUAUGUCGAGAUGUAUGAAGAGGGUCGGCUGCGUCUGCCGCAACCUGUCUCGUACUUCAAGGCGGACGAGGUCGAACAGGCCUUCCGGCACCUCCAGAACGCGGGCCAUAUUGGCAAAGUCGUUGUCAACAUGCCGGAGGACGCAUCCAGUCUCAACUCGCUCCCGCUGACCAGGUCAGUCACCCUAGACCCGGAAGCCACGUACCUUCUGGUUGGAGGAACGAAAGGCCUUGGGGCCUCCAUGUCUACCUGGCUAGUGGAGAACGGCGCUAGGAACUUGACCUUCCUCUCAAGGAGUGCCGGGACAAGCCCCGAAAGCAAGGCUCUCUUCGAGGAACUUCGAGCCAUGGGUUGUUCAGUCAGUGCCGUGACAGGAAGUGUGAAGAAUAAAGAAGACAUUGAGGCGGCAGUUUCGCGCUCCGGGAGGGCGAUCAGGGGUGUCUUCCAACUUGCCAUGGUCAUGAACGACGCGCCACUUCUGGAUAUGAAAUGGCCUCAGUGGAACGCAACCGUCGGCCCCAAGGUCCGCGGGACGUGGAACCUGCACGACGUGUUGGCCGACCAACCGCUAGACCUUUUCUGGAUGGCCAGCUCGAUGGUGACAGUCGUCGACGAGGCCGGGCAGGGCAACUACUCGGCAGGCUGCAUUUUCCUCGAGGCCUUCUGUCAGUACCGGCACUCGCUCGGACUUCCGGCCACCGUUCUCAACAUCUGCCCUAUCAGCGGCGUGGGGUACGUCGCCGAGAAUGCGCACGCACGCCGGAGCAUCAAGGCGCAAGGGUUGUACACGCUCGGGGAGCACGAGUUCCUUGAUUUUGUCAAGCACAACAUUUUGGAGGCAGAAACAAAGAGCGACAUCACCGUGGGAACAGAGGCUACUAGCAUCCCACCUAACCCCCCGGCUCUCCAGUCAUGGGAAAAUCCCAGCCAAGUCGUCAUGGGCCUGAGGUCGUCCUCAGACUUACACCUCGACGACCCCAACAGCCGGGUCAACUGGCGCCGCGACCGGCGCAUGGGCAGUUAUCACAACAUUCGGCCGGAUGAGGAACACAAGACAUCCUCGGCCGGGGCCAAUCGGCUUGCCCUGUUCCUCGACACCAUCGUUAGUUCCGACGGGGAGGGGUACAAGAGCCGUCUGGCAGACCCUGAGAGCGUUGCGUUUCUGGCGCGUGUGAUCGGGGAGAAGAUCUACGAACUGAUCUUGAAGCCGGUGGCUGAUGGCGAGGAAGUCGAUACACGCUUAACGCUGGCGCAGAUCGGGCUGGACUCGCUGAUGGCGAUUGAGCUGAGGAGGUGGUUGAGGCGGGUAUUUGGCAUAGUGAUUAGUGUUUUGGAAAUCAUGGGAUCGGGGUCGUUGAUUCAGCUGGGCGGGGUGGUGGCGGGAAAGCUGGUGGAAAAACUGGCAAAGGAGUAA